AUGGCCGAACUCAAUCUAUGUGCCUCAUACUCCGCCCACAACAAAGCGGAAUUUAUCGUUGAUGCCGUGUUGUUCGAUAUGGACGGUACCUUGGUAGACUCCAUCCCUGCCAUCGAGUCUGCAUGGGCGGCUGUGGCCAAAAAAAUCCAAAGGGAUCCCGAUGAAGUUAUUGAAGAAACUCAUGGUCGUCGUGUAAUGGACAACUUGAAGGAUCUUUACCCUCAUCUUCGAAAGAUGUCGGAUGCCGACAUGCAACCCCAUGUUAAAGAAUUCGAGAUCGAAAUUUUGCGUCAAGCAGACGAAUACGGAGUCGAAGUGAAAUCUCGCCGAUCCAGCGCCGCAUCCAGCAAACGCGCUUCACGUGCCGCCUCUUUCGUUGCAAACGGUGAACCAGGUGACGCAAACAAGCCCCGUCGCAAGUCAAAUCUCUCGAACAGUAUUACUGCCGAAGGAGUUGCCUCGCGAAUGGCAGCCAUGGGGAUCAAGGCUCUAAGCACUACGGACAAGACCGCGCCAGAGGUCAACAGUGCUGAGAAGGAGUCAUCUGCUCUCGACGCCUCGGCUGCGGAAGAAGUGUUUGAGGAUGAGAUAUCUGACAGCGAGCUUGAGAUUGAUGUCUCCGACCUUGUUGAUCGCUCCGUGAGAAUCCUCCCAGGAGUGCGCAAGUUGACCGACUCGCUUCCGGUCGAUCGGUUUGCCAUUGCAACUUCCGCUGCCGUUACUCACUGUCAUGGUGCCCUCCAACGGGUUGGUAUCAGCUUGCCAAAAGUGACGGUCACUGCUGACGACCCACGCUUGAAGCGGGGAAAGCCUUUUCCGGAUCCUUUCAUUCUCGCCGCCGAAACGUUGGGCUUUGAGCCCAAGAACUGCCUUGUGGUUGAGGAUUCGCCAUUUGGCAUUCAAGCUGGUGUUGCUGCUGGUGGAAAGACCAUUGCCGUUUCGACUUCCCAUUCUCAUGACAAAAUCUCUCAUUGCGGUGCCACGUGGCUCGUCCCCACGCUUGAUCUAGUUCAAGCAGAAAUUCUACCAGAUGGUAGAAUUCGGAUCUUUAUUGACGCUACUGCUUCUCAAGUGGAAAAGGCGAUCUCUGAAUCUGUCCGUGGAAAAAUUGCCGCUCAGCUCGUCUAA